UUCUGCAGUAACGAAUGUAGGACAGCCUGAGGACAGCUGCUUUGUGGCAACAACUGCGGUUAAAAUAGAUCAUCAGCUUUAUGAUGCGCUGCUCGACGUUCCCAACUCUGGACACUGAAGGACCUGACAAGUGGGCAGAAAACUUCCCGCUUGCUAAUGGACCCAGACAGUCUCCCAUCAACAUCGUUACCAAGGAGGCCCAAUAUGAUCCGUCUCUGAAGCGUCUGAAACUCCAGUAUGACCCCUCCAAUGCCAGGGGCAUUCUUAACAAUGGACACUCCUUCCAGGUGGACUUUGUGGACGACACAGACAGCUCCACCCUGACUGGAGGUCCCAUCUCUGGAACAUACCGACUGAAGCAAUUUCAUUUCCACUGGGGAGGCAGUGAUGAUAGAGGCUCAGAGCACACUAUAAACAGCGUCAAGUUCCCUUGUGAGCUUCACCUGGUGCACUGGAAUACUAAAUAUCCCAGCUUUGGGGAGUCUGCUGACAAGCCUGAUGGACUGGCUGUGGUUGGAAUCUUCCUCAAAAUUGGUGCAGCCAACCCCCGGCUUCAGAAAGUUCUGGAUGCUUUGGACUCUAUUAAGACAAAGGGGAAGCAGACAACUUUCUCUAACUUUGAUGCAAGAACUCUUCUUCCUGGUUCUCUGGAUUAUUGGACUUAUGAUGGAUCUUUGACAACCCCACCCCUUUUGGAGAGCGUCACCUGGAUUGUCCUGAGGGAGCCUAUAAGUGUCAGCCCUGCUCAGAUGGCAAAGUUUCGAAACCUCCUGUUCACUGGAGAGGGAGAGGCAGCGUGCUGCAUGGUGGACAACUUCCGUCCUCCACAGCUCCUCAAGGGCCGUCAAGUCCGUGCUUCCUUUAAGUAAAUCUUAGUUAUACAGCAGGUAUGAAAAUUAUUGAACACAUCACAAUUUUUCAUAGUAAACAUAUUUUAGCUAUUGACAUGGAACACCUGGUGUUACUAAUGCUAGGUGUUGGUAACAACCCAUGCAAUCCAUACAUAGAAAAAAUAAAACAAAUCAGUUCAGAAAUUAAAUUAUGAGUAAUUAUAUAAAACGAAUUGGGCUAUUCUAGCAGUUUUAUGUUCUGUCUCUGCAGCUGGUUGAGAGCUUCCUUGUUUCUAUGUUUGGGAUCAUUGUCCUGCUGAAAUGUCCACCCUUUUUUCAUCUGGCAGCAGACUUUUCUCUAUAAUGUGUGUACACUUUACCAUUUAUCUUUCCAUCAAUUACAUGAAUUCUGCCAGUACCAUAUGCAGAAAAACAGACCCACAUAUUGAUGUUCCCACCUCCAACUUCACUGUCUGCCUGGUGUUUUUGGGGCAGUUCAUUUUGUCCUUUAAAUAUGGUGUUUGUUAUGGCAUCCAAAGAGUUCAAUAUUGCUCUUAUCUGACUAGUCUGUGUUCUCCCAGUGUUUUACAGGCUUGUCCAAAUGUUGUUCAGCAAAUAUUAAACGAGCUUAAACUUGCUUCAACUCCAGAAAUGGAGCUUUGCGUGGUGAGCCUGCAUACAGGCCAUGGCUACAGAGUACAUUGCUUAUCGUUUUCUGAAACAAUUCUACUUGCCAACUCUAUAUCUUUCUGAAGGGCCCAGCGUAGUUUGACCAAAGUCGGACUGACAAUGUACAGUCAUGUGGUUUUCAGAUUUUCAUUUUUGCAAAGACCUUUUAUAAUCCACAAAACAAAUUGAGGCGAGCUUCCCUCCCACUGCAGAAUACGUCAUGAUGUCUUUUUUUUUUUUGCCAUGUGUGUAAUUUAUAAUUGUAGUAACAGAGAGACAACUAUUACGCGUUCAAAAGUUAAGAGGAGGAGGGAAUAAUAUUUAACAGUCUGGAAAAUCAAUUUUUUUCCAUGUCAUUAAGAAAAUAAAAAGACAAAAGUUAGGCGUUGAUGAGCCAUUCUCCUACUUCAACUGAGAGAAUGGGCAGUGUAAUAUUUCAGUAUGUACUUCCUCCUCCUCAUCAAACAGUUUCUCUCUGACUGAAAAAACAAUGCUCUGACUAUCUGAGAUACCCGACUAAAUUGCACAGAUAUUAGUUAGAUCAGCGGCCCAUGGAAAUUGUGUGGCAGUAUCCUGAAUGAAUAUACACACUCAUGAAAUUCAGACCAAUCACACAAUCUUUCAGAGAAGGGGCAAAAGGUUCACCAGGGGGACAAACAGCAUAAGGAAGAGAACAAAAUGAUGCAAUUUUCUUCAUGCAACUGCAACAACAAGAACUGUUUUCAGCAAUUUAGCUUCUAUAGACCAUCAGUUUGGACUGAACCAGCUGAUAUUCAUUUGCACUUAAAAGCUCAUUCAUUUGCAGGAUGUCUUCUGAUCACUGAUGGAUUUCCACGACUUUGUCCACUUCCCUUUCUGUGUGUUCAAUACUUUUACCUCUUAUUACUGCACAUAACUUAAUGUCUGAACUUGUUUGUUUUGGUUUCUUCUAUAUAUGGAUUACUUAAAUUGUUACAAACACCUGGUUAAAAAGUCAUAUUUACUAUGACAAAUUGUGAUGUGUUCAAUACAGCUGUAUUCCAAAGUGUCUUUAUACAAUAGCUUUCCAUUUCAUGUUCAUUCUUUGAACUAUUAAUACACAAAGACAGCUUUUUAAUUUACUGCUUGUCUCCAGCUACUUGAAACUUAAACCUUCUGCUUCAUUUUAUCUCUAGAAUGUUUUGCCUUCUUUUCCUCUGAGGAUGAAUAAAUGCCAUUUUUGUCUAACAACAAUUUGUAAUCUUUGAAACAUUAGAAUAUCUAACUAAUCCAUAAAUAAACGCACCCAUGAAAUUCAUGGGUGUGGUUGUUAUUUAAAAAAAUAUAAUCUUUGAAACUUUGGCUAUCUUUAUACUAAGAUUUACUGAGGUCUGAAGAAUAUGACCAAAUGCAUAACUGAAUAUAUUGUUAAUCUUUAACUUAUAAUUAUAUCCUGCCUGUUUAUGAAGUAUGUGGAGUUAUUUCAGAUUUGUUUGGUAAUAAAAGCCUGUGUGUGUUUUGUAGAAUGCUCUUUUCCAUGCUCGAGUGUUUUCUAGGAUUGUAUUCCACUCAUUAAAUUGCUAAAUAAAAGCCGGUAUUGAGAAUCUCA